UCCUUAUCUUCCAGAAUAUAUGAAGGGUACAGGGAAAAAACCGACUAAGUCACUUUUUUUCACAAAUGAAUAUUAUGGUAUCAUUAGUUUCAGCUAGAGACACUGCACAUUCUGACAGGUCGAAACAGGAAAAUAAUCAACUAUAUUAAUAGAUAUUAGCGCUCAAAGUUUUGGUGUACAGGGAAAAAACCGACGAAGUCACGUCGUCCAGUGUACUAACUGCUUAAUUCAACAUUUUGAGUGUAGAUUUCAGUACGAUUUUAGAGGUAAUUAGAGAAAAGCGUUGUACAUAACGGCUUCAAGUUUUUGAAUUAUAUUUGGUAGUUCUUGUCAUACAAGCGCAUUAUGUCUGAAAUAAGUGAGUCAGAGGGCAAUGUAGUUCUUAAAACUCAAGCACGAAAAAAGAAAAGGACUGGUCGCUUAUCAGAAGUAAGUAAAAAAAUAAAAUUAUCGUCACAUGAAAUGGGAGGUUCUUGCAAAUGCACUCGAUUGAAAUGCUUUGAAACAACAUCAGAGGAAGAAAGGAAAAUGAUACUGCGCCAUUUUAACUCACUUAGCUCACAUAAUGAUCAGAAUAAUUAUUUGGCGGGUUUGAUUGUAACGCACCCAGUGCAAAAACGCAGGCCUCGACUAAAUGAAAGCAGUGCCACAACACGUGAUGCUUCUUUUUCGUACAGGGUACGAAUCCAGGGUGAAAAUUCUGUCCAGAGAGACAUACCUGUCUGUGAAAAAGCAUUUCGUGCAAUUCAUGGUAUAACACACAGUAAACUUGUUUAUAUAAAGAACAGUCUAAAGUUAUAUGGAGUUGCUCCUCAGGAUAAGAGAGGUAAACACAGCGCACUUCAUAGAAAACUAGCUGAUUCGACCACUUCUUUAAUUUACAAUCAUAUUUCAAGUUUUAAAGGAAGAAAAAGUCAUUAUAGUUUGCACGAUUCAAAAAAACUAUACUUACCAGAAGAUCUUAAUAUAAAAAAAAUGUUUACACUCUUCAAAGAACAGCAUCCUAAUGUACAUGUUUCUUACGAAACAUACAGAUGUAUGUUCAACACAAAAUUCAAUAUCUCUUUUGGCUAUCCUCGUAGUGAUACCUGUGCUAUGUGUGAUGAAUUUAGUGCAAAAAUAAAAUCUCUAUCUCCAGACAAAGACAAGGAAGAAAUUAAAAAAUUAACGACACUCAAUGUUCUUCACAAGAAAAAAGCAGAGAAAUUUUAUGUUCGAAAAAGGAAAGCAAGACUUGCAGCAAGAAAUGACAAGAAAAUAGAGGCCAUAUGCAUGGACUUUGCAAAAAAUAUCUCCAUUCCUAACCUUAACACAAAUGACGUAUAUUACAAACGCCAGUUAUCCAUGUAUUCAUUUAAUAUACACGUUUUGUCAUCGAACCAAUCAUUUUUUUAUGUGUAUCACGAAGGAAUUGCUAAAAAGAGUCCCAACGAAAUUGCAUCUUUUUUAUUUCAUUUCAUCAACAACUACUUGGACGAUGACGUAGAACAACUUCAAAUUUUUUGCGACUCAGCAGGAGGCCAAAACAAAAAUUUUACAAUUAUUCGUUUUAUAAAAUUUUUGACAAAUAAAAACAUUCAUGGCCUGAAACAGAUAAAAAUAACAUUUCCAAUCAGAGGUCACUCCUACAUGGAGUGUGACAAAGAUGUAGGCUUAUUGAAUUUAAAAAGUCCAAUGGAAACCCCCAAAGAUUUCAGGGAAGUAAUUAAAACCUCUCGAGCAAAGCCUUCGCCAUUCAAGGUUAUAAAAGUUACUCAAAGUCUUAUCCUUAACUGGAAGGUCCUACUGUAUAAAGAAUUUGUGCAAAAAUGCCCAUUUAAGAUUCAACCAUCGAAGGAAAUUAUAGCGUCUGCCAUUGAUUGCCGCUUAAUAUGUCAUCGCACAACAUACAAUGGAGCUUUUUUAUCUGAUGUAAUUUGCAGACCAUCCAAGAAAGAUGUUCAUUCGACAGAAAGAGGUGAAUUUGCACUGCCUUUGCAACUAUACAGAGCGCCCAUAUUGAUCAAGAAAGCCAAAUACGCUGAUCUCAUGAGUCUUAUGAAAUUUUGUAGCUCAAAUGCUCAGAAAUUUUACCGUAACAUGGCACAUGAAUAGUGAUCCAUGCAUCAUUUGUUAAUUUUUUUUUUAUAUCUAUAUAUGCUCAAAGAAUAAUAAUAAUUUUGUUUACUAUACAAGGUAAUAAUAUUUCAUUAUUAUAUUAACAACAAUGAUAAUACUAUAAAUUACAAACUAAGAUAACUGUUAUGAAAAUGCCAUACUUAGUUAUUGUUAGUUUUAGAUGACUUAGUUGGUUCUUGUCUGUUUUAGAUGACUUAGUUCGUUUUUUCCCGGAACAAAUGGGGUUUUGUUCGCAAUUUUAUCAUUUACAGUGCCUCAACAAAUUAUAAGCAAAAAAUAUGUUUUGCCCUGUUUUGGCGUAUUUUUGAUCGACAUUUAAGUCACUGCAGUACUUAAUUUCAGUUGAUUGUUUAAUUGUAAUUGCGUUUUAAAAAUAAAAGUUGCAUUAACUCUGUUUAAAAAAAAAGUGACUUAGUCGGUUUUUUCCCUGUACCCUUCAUAUGA